CCUUUCCAACACGUCCCGCGCAACCACUGACGGCGCGGCGCGCACGGUAGAACCCGCCCGCCAUGUCGCUCUCGGCCUCCGCCCCCCCUCCCCCGCCCUCGGACGCACCCUCGCUCCCGCUUGGGGACUCCGCGCCCGCGAUCCCUGUCUCGAGCCUGUUGAAUGUGGACCAGACCAUCGGCGCGAUGUCCAUCGGCUUCUCCCUCUCUUGCUUGCUCUUCGGCGUGCUCUCGACGCAGGUGUUCAUCUACUUCAGGCGAUACCCGCACGAUAUGUACGGGUAUAAAGCCUUCGUUGUCUGCAUCUGGAUGCUAGAACUCAUUGGCCAAGUGCUCAUCGGACACGCCGUGUACUACUACACCGUUAGCCACUUCGCGGAACCGCUGGUAUUCAUCACCGGGAACGUAAUCUGGACGCUCAUAGUGCAGAUCAUCUUCGGGGACAUCGUCGGCUCCCUCGUCAAGGCGUGCUUCGCCCUGAGGGUCUACCGCUUCAGCGGUCGCAAUUGGUGGGUUACCGGGGGCAUCUUCAUAUUAAUUCUCGGGCAAUUCGGGCUUGGUAUUGCGUAUUCCCAACGCUCUUUCGUCCUCGACAGACUCGUCUUCCUUCCGAAGCUCAAGACGAUCGCGACGCUCGCGCUGAGUGCGAACGUCGCAACUGAUGCCACGAUCGCCUUGUCCCUGUGCUUCUUUCUGGGAAAGUACCGCACAGGGCAUCGCAAGAGCGACACUAUGGUCAACAAACUGACGGCGUAUGCGAUUAACACGGGACUCUUGACUUCUCUGAUCAGCCUGGCCACUCUACUCCUGUAUAAUCUCCGGCCGCAGACCUUCGAGUUCAUGGCCAUGUUCUUCGUCCUCUCCAAGUUAUACGCCAUCACGCUCAUGUGCACGCUCACGACGCGCAAGAUCAUCCGCGGGCGCGGCACGGACCGCGAGGCGAGCGGCUACACGGGCUACAACUACACAGGCGGGCAGACGUCCUUCAUCGGCGGCACGGCGACGACGAAUUCGGUGUACAAGAUCAGCCACCACAAUCGGACGGCGGGCGUGCCGCGGGCGCCGCACUCGCAUACGCAUCAGCUCAGUGCCCCGCUCGAGAUUGGUGUCCGGCAAGAGGUGUCGGUGGUUUCCGAUAUCGAGAUGGACGAACAGAAGGCGUUCCAGCUUCCUCAGCCUGCGAGACCAGCGGCAGUGCGUCCGCCCAAGGGCGAUUACUUCUGAGGAUAGCGCGCCACUUCAAUCAUGGUGUGCUCUCGGUUGCACGGUGCGGCCUCAUAUGCAUAGCGCGUCCUCAUAUGCGCGGCGCGGCGUGAUAAUGCACGGCGUAUGUGCGGCUAGUGGAGACAUGGACUCUGGUGAUAAAAGGAUUGUGUUACGUACAGAUGUCCAUUUUGUGGAUAUGUCCCAGUUUGUGGUUAGUUAGAAGAUCUCUCCAGUGUAUUCCUCACAUCGUGUACUACUUACUAUCGUUGAAUCUGACCGGGUCUUUCUCUAGCGCCCGUACUACAAGCAUCUAGCGCAAGUUGUU